AUGGUGGAGCCGUUGCGCAGGUUUUUAUGCUGCCUGCCCCUUGGCGCUGGCGUGAAGCUGCUCCUCUGGAUUCAUCUUGCAGCAAGCGCAGUGUCUUGUUCGAUGGCAACGGGCAAUCUGCUGCUCAACCUGCCAAGCUUCGGCUACGCCACCAGCGCGUCGGCGCAGGUGUUCUCGGCAGUGUGGAGCCUGUCAGGCAUUCCCAUCAUCCUUGCAGCACUCUACGGCGCCUAUCAGCGGGUGGAGCCUCACCUGCGCUUCUACUUGUACUACCUGGCUAUUAGCGUUGUGAUCGAUGCGGCGUAUAUCGUCAACCUCCUCCUGAUACAGGACUCCUGCGCGAACCUGGACAUGUCGGUUGCGCAAGGAAGCGGCCAG